AUGGUAUCGAUUCGUCUCUUUCAUUUAGUCGUUCUUACACCUGACACGUUUCCAACAUUUUCUUCCUUUACUGCAAAAUGUCUAUGGAUUCUCUUACCAGUUAUACCUUGUCAAUCGAAAGAGAAGCAAUGGCCUAUCAUCUUUUAUUUGAUUUUUGGUGUAGUAAAAUUUAUACUUAAUCGUUGGUUACAUAGAUGGUUACUGAUAUGUGAAUCAAAUGAUAGUUAUAUGAGAGUAUUUAUUUAUUUCUUAUCAAUAUUAACAUUUUCAUAUGUAGUCGAUAUUGAGACGGUUCUUGUGCGAAUAAUCACUCGAGAUAAAUAUACACUUCAAUCACUUAACAAUUUUCCAUUCUUCUCUCAAUCAUUACGUGAAUUUUGGGGUCGACGAUACAAUCGGAUCAUCAGUACAAUUUUCAAUGAAUCAAUUUUUCGGCCUCUCAGUUUAUUUAUACCUUCUCGAUCAAUCGUAUCUUUAUUAAUAUUCAUUAUCAGUGGUCUUUUUCAUGUACAUAUUGUCUUUAUUGUUUUCAAUGAGCCUUCAUCGGCUUUGCCUACAUUUGCCUGUUUCUUUCUGAAUGGUAUUGCUUGUUGCAUAGAAGCACAUCUUGCAAUUAAGUUACCACCAUUACUUGGAUGGUUGGUAACACAUAGUGUCCUUUUUGUAACAGCACCAAUGUGUCUUGGAACGUUUGCACGAGACAAAUCUGUAUUUUUUGGUCUAGAUGGUCUUUCAACGUAUGGUGAUCAAUGGAUUUCAAAAUUGCCUAUGCCCAAGAGUUGUCCGAAAUAA